CUCUCGCUCCCAGAUCUGCAGAUGCAAAACCACUAUGUUGUUCAAAGCAUUUUCCUGGUCAUUCAGUAAAAUAACACUUCCAUUUCUUGGGAAUAAUCAUAAAAAUGUUUUAAUCACUCAAAAAUGCUCAGAGUCCACUAAAUAAAUUGUUAGGUUGUAUUUAUGGGAUAACUUUGGGGACCUUUUAAACUGAUUUUUAAUAAUACACAUAGUGCCAAGCAAUUCUACUGAAAGCUUUGAAAUAAGUAAGAAAUGUAUGGUGUCAGAGGGAAAAGGCCAUAAUAACCCAAAAUAACUGCAAAGCUUUGCCUGUGCAUCUAGUGGGAGAGUUCUUAAUAUUUCAUAAAUAUUAUUGCUCACUCUCAGCUAUUACUCUGUUGUAACUUACUCUGCCUAUUCCUAUUUCUGUUGAAAAGAGCCAUUAUUUUCUAAUGACCAUGAUGUCAUUUGUUUUUACUAGUUCCCAAGCGUGAGUCUUGACAUUGCAAGUAAUGAGCUACUUAGCUCAGACCAAGUCUAAAUACCUGUUUUAAAUUCUAGAAUUACUCAGCAGAAUAAACUUGUUGCCCGGUUAAAUUGGUUUGCUGGAUCAUAAUUAUUAAUAUCCGAUAUUAUCCAAUAUUAAGAAAGUGCAUCGAAUGGCCACCAUCAAGUCAAAUGUUUUCUCACGGGUUGUAGUAUAGAAAACCUGUUCCCCGUUUCCGUGGCAAUUCGGCUAAUCUUUCUAAAGAUAGUGCCAGGCUGGGGAUUUUCCGUAACGAUCCUCUUCUCGUUGUCCGUGUCAGUUUUACGGUGCCAAUGUAAAAAGUAACGCAUGGAAGUAGUGGGUCCCUUAUAUGGGAUAAAAUCCAGUUUCGCAGUCUAAAUACCCGCCACAUUUUCUUGGUUUGAAUGACGAUCCGCAGAUUCAUGGAGGAGGAGGAGCCGAUUUCAAUUUCAGCGUGGAAGCUUGAGAGAUAUCUCCCAUCUCUUGGCACUUUUCGGUUCUCGGGCACGCUAAGCCGGGCACGCUGGUUGCUUCCCUGGGAGAACUUGCGAAAGGAACCACUUUGCAUUCCAACCGCCUUUACACCGCUCGCGCCGGGCAAAUCAACGGCAAUAUCCGUCACCGAGGCAACGCGGGAGCUCCUCCUUCUCCCCCCCCCGCUCUCCCGUUAGCCUUCGGGGCCAGUUCUCGCGAGGCUUGCCAACUGGAGGCGCCGCCAUAUUGUGUGACACUAUUUUGAUUUGGACUUGGCUGGCUGAGAUACGCAGCGAGCAGAGGAGGAGGAGGGACGGGAACGACUGGGAAGCCGGAGCGGGAGAGGCGGUGACGGCGGCGGCGGCGGCGCCUGGAAGACCCUCCUCCCCACCGCCAGCCAUCCCGCCUUUCCCCGCUGCCCCUUCCGCGCUGCCCGUCACAGCAGCAGCAGCAGCAUCCCCGGUACGGAUACCCCUCCUUGCUCCCUCCCCCGGUGGCGGCGGGAGGCGGCGACGGCUCCGGAGUGGCUCGGAAGGGUCGCUUGUCCGGCUGGAGGCGGCGGUGGCGGCGAGUGCCGCUGCUGCGGGGCACGGAGGAGGAGCCCGCGCGGAGGAAGGGGUUAAAGAGAUUUUCCCUUAAUGCCAUUGCUUGGAAUCUAUUCUCACACAGCAGUUGAACUACUACAAAAACAAUACCAUCCCACCCCCAAAGUGUUAUUUUGAAAUGCAUGAAAAUGCUAGGACAAAAGAGAUGAUUUUAAUUUCACACUAAGGCCUGGAACUGCACAUUGAACAAACGUCCUGAUCAGGCAACAUACGAAUGGCCCAAGGAAGCCAGCAAAUUGAUUUUCAGGUUUUAAAUGACCUGCGCCAAAAAUUUCCUGAGGUACCUGAAGUUGUUGUGUCCAGAUGCAUGUUACAGAAUAAUAAUAACUUGGAUGCCUGUUGUGCAGUUCUCUCUAAAGAGAGCACAAAAUAUCUCUACGGUGAAGGAGACAUUGGUUUUUCAGAUGAAUCUGGCAUUUCCAGCCUGCGAAAUCACAUGACAUCCCUUAAUUUGGAUUUGCAAUCACAGAAUGUGAAUCUCCAUGGAAGAGAAGGAAGUAGAAUGAAUGGAAGUAGGACUUUAACUCAUAGUAUUAGUGAUGGACACCUUCAGACCAGCUUGUCCAACAGUGAAUUGUGUCAUCCAGAACCACAGACUGCUCCAGUCCAAGUUCCACAGGGAUUCUUUGGCAUAUCUAAUACUCCUAGUUCUUCCAAUUCAGGACAACAUUUUGGAUUUCACUUGGGCAGUAAAGGAUCUUCUGGUUUGACUCAGCAAAUACCUAGAUUUAACCCCAUUAUGGUAACUUUAGCCCCAAAUAUUCAGCCUGGUCGGAACACCCCAACAUCUUUGCACAUACAUGGUGUACCUCCAAUAAACAGUCCACAAGGCAAUUCUAUCUACAUUAGACCUUACAUCACAAAUCCAAGUGGUACAACUCGCCAGAAUCAGCAAAAUCCAGCCUGGAUGUCUCAGUUCAGUCCUCUGCAUUCUCAACAAAACUACCAGCCUUCACAUUCAAGCCCCUGGUCAACUAUGCCUACAACCAGUUCCUUGACACAUACCUCAUCACAACAGUCGACUCAAUCAAACCAGCAAGGCCAUCAGACCUCUCAUGUGUAUAUGCCUAUAAGUUCUCCUACAACUCCUCAAGCACCCACAGUUCAUUCAUCUGGUGGCUCACAAUCUUCUUCAACCCAGAGCCAAUAUAAUAUCCAAAAUAUAUCAACAGGACCUCGUAAAAACCAAAUUGAAAUAAAACUUGAACCACCGCAAAGAAACAAUUCAUCAAAACUUCGUCCUACAGGUCACCGCUCAUCCACAAAUUCCUCUUCCAGCAACAGCCAGACUUUAAGUAGAAGUCAACCCACUGUUUACAUAGCUGCCAGUCCCCCAAACGCUGAUGACAUCAUUACACGAAGUCAGCCAAAGGUGUACAUUUCCGCCAAUGCUUCUUCAGGUGAAGAACUUGUACGGAAUCAGCCCACACUCUUCAUAUCAACAAAUCCAGGAGUCACGGCCACAUCUAGGAAUAUGUCUGGUCAAGUUAGCAUGGGACCUGCCUUUAUUCACCACCACCCUCCCAAAAGCAGAACAAUUGGAAACAAUGCUUCUGCCACUUCUCCUCGAGUAGUGGUUACUCAGCCUAAUACAAAGUACACUUUUAAAAUUACUGUUUCUCCAAAUAAACCCCCUGCAGUUUCACCAGGUGUGGUGUCCCCAACUUUUGAACCUACAAAUCUUCUUAACCUUCCUGAACACUUUGCAGAAACAGAAAAUAUCCAACACCUUAAUGAUCCUGUUUUAGCACAUGUCGAUAGGAUUAGUGAAGCACGAAAACUGAGCAUGGGGUCUGACGACGCAGCCUAUACACAAGCUUUACUAGUACAUCAGAAGGCUAGGAUGGAACGGCUUCAACGAGAACUUGAGAUUCAAAAGAAAAAGCUGGAUAAACUAAAGUCAGAAGUCAAUGAAAUGGAGAAUAAUCUAACACGAAGGCGGCUGAAAAGAUCAAAUUCUGCUUCCCAAAUUCCUUCACUUGAAGAAAUGCAACAGUUAAGAAGUUGUAACAGACAGCUUCAAAUAGACAUAGAUUGUUUAACCAAAGAAAUUGAUCUUUUUCAAGCAAGAGGACCACAUUUUAAUCCCAGUGCCAUCCAUAAUUUUUAUGACAAUAUUGGAUUUCUAGGUCCUGUGCCACCAAAACCUAAAGCCGAUCAAAAAUCCGUGGUCAAAACACCAAAGACUGUUCCAGAUACUGAAGAAGAUGAGGGAGCUCAUUGGAAUUGUACAGCUUGUACUUUUUUAAAUCACCCAGCCUUAAAUCGUUGCGAACAGUGUGAGAUGCCCAGGCAUUUCUGAGCCAGGGAGGCUCACUUAUCUUCUGUAAAUCCAAUUUCUGACUAUUGUGUCAUUUCCUUGGGAUAAAUAUUCAUUUAUGCAUAGGAUUUUGUAAAAUUGAACAUGUGACAAGGUUUAUUAGUAAUGUUAAAUGUCAUGACACAGAGAUAAUACCUCAGUCUUGUGCUGCAGGCAGUUGGAAAUUCACCAGCUGGAAGGUGAUCUCCUGAAAGAACUUGGUUGCCAGCUGCCUGACAUGUACAUUAUUACCAGAUGCCCUUAAGAAUAACUCCCACCAGGGUCAGUGCUUUGGUGUUCCCAACAGCCUUUCUCCACAGAUGUCACUACUGAAUUUUGACAGGGGAAGGAAUUAGAUUGAUAGGGGUUUUUUGUUUUUUGUUUUUAUAAAGCUUUCAAUAAAACACUACAUUCAAAGAGGAAAUGAAAAAGGAACAAAUUGAAACUCUAUUUGCUGCCACAGAGGGCCCAGGAAUUAUAGAAGAACUUCAGAAAUGUAGAGGUACUCUUCAACUUGUCUUCCGGAAAGCAGUUCCACAUUGUGAAGACAAAAAUCAGUACAAUCAUCUGAAGAUGAAAAAAUAAAACUGCAUGCUUUGUCUGUACCAUAGUCACCGUGAAAUACCCCCAAGGCUUUUCCUACUGUACAUAAUUCUAGAAUCUUCUUUAAAUGACUUUUCUUCACCUUUUAUUAUUUCUUGUAUUUCUUAAUGUAUAGUGUAAUAGUCUUUGUUAACUUUCUUUCCCCCUUUAAGUGAUUAUGCACGAUUGUGAUCCCUUUGUGUUAAAAAAAAAAGUUUUGGUCUGAGAGAAGCCGUGCCUUAAAACAGUGUUCAUGACAAUGCACAAACUAGCUCUUGUCUGCCUCUUCUGUAUGUUGCUCUUGUAAAUGCUGGUAAUCUGUGAAGACCUGCAGAUGCAGCAUGGUAAAAAUGCAGGAAACAUUUGUGCUUCUGGUUCACUCAGGACACAUGAUUUUUACGGUGGGUGAUAUCUGGGUAAUAUUUUCCUGGCAAACAAAAGCACAAGAGAAAUCGAGUCCCACUCCCAGCAGAUCUGCCUCUGAUAGGCUUGCUUCAUUUGCUGGGCAUCUUUAAAACUCUCCAGAAAUAAAGACUGGGAGGGAGAGGAACAUAUUUGAGUACACAGAAAUAGCAGAAAAUAUGAAUAUGCUCAUUGUUGGCAGCCAGUUCUUACACCUGAUUUGGUGGAGAAUAGCAACAAUCAGAAUCAUUUGAAAAAGAGCCUGGAAAAGAGAAAACAAGCAGACUUGAAGCCAUGCCAAGCAUCUCUUUUUUUCAUGUCCUUGUUUCUGAGGAAAUCUAUUCAGGUGGUUAGAAAAACUUAAUUGAAACCAAGAUCAUGGUUUUUUAUUUUUUAAUUUUAUUUUGCUCUCCUGCAUUCUACUACAUAAAUGAUAUGUCAUCUCUCGGGAUGAGGUGAGAAGAAGCAAUGAACAGCAAAACUGUAUUUUGUAUCUGCUCAGAAUUAAGUGCCAUUAAGUUCAGUGAGACUUACUCCAAGGUAAGUGGAUAUACUAUUGCAGCCUAAAU